AUGUUUUCCGGUCCCCAGAAACUUGGCAACGCCAAACAAAAAUCAAUUGGCCUCGCUUGUCACACAAUUAGUCCCCACGAAGCCUUGUACAAACUAGCCACUGGCUCGUCCCGGACCAUUAGGGCAAUAGUAAAAGUUGAAAAACGGCGUGAAGCUACAGAACUCAUCCGAUUUGUGGAAAGCCUCCACACCCCCAUAAACCUUAUCCCGAUAUCAAGCUUUACGUGUGAAAAAUCUGUCCACAUUUCUUGGCUUUGCGUCAUGAAGGUGGUUGGUAAUGUUGAGUUUGAGCUUUGCAAUUCCCCAAGGUGGCUGAGAAAGUGGUAUGACCUGACACGCGACGAAACUAUAUCUCAUGUGCUUUUUCAGUUUGUUUAUCUCGAUGAGAUGAGAUCGGAUGACAUCGCAGUUCCCCAACGAAACAGUUGCUCAACGAACAUUCGAGUUUCAUCAAAUUUCUCACAGGCAAGAAGACGUGAGCUUAAUUAG